ACUCGGCCGCAGUCCUCAUCGCCGCGCCUUCGUAUGAGCUGUGUGUCGCCGCCGGUCACCCCCCGCGCCCCGCGACCUGCCGUCUCGCCCGCAUUCUAGUCGUGGGUGUCGCGCUGUGCAGUCCUCGCGUGUGCCUCUGAACAUAGUGCGCCGUUAGUGAGUGCUUACUUAUCCCGCACCAGUGUCAGUGUCUUAGAAGAUCCCGUGCCCCGCCGCGGAGGAUGUUAACAGCCCACGGUUAGUGUCGAAUAAUAUUGCAGUGAUCAGCUAAGAUAACAGCUGUUGACGUCUGCAGUAGUAGCCAGCCUGCCGGCACUUUUUAUUUUCGCCCCCGUUCCCUACAUCCCCUUUCAAGAUUGCUGCCACCAUGGGUCGGAAGAAAAUACAAAUAUCCCGGAUUACGGACGAACGGAAUCGGCAGGUUACUUUCAACAAACGUAAAUUCGGCGUAAUGAAGAAGGCGUAUGAGUUGAGCGUGCUAUGCGACUGUGAGAUUGCACUCAUCAUAUUCAGCUCCAACAACAAACUGUACCAAUAUGCAAGCACGGACAUGGACAAGGUUCUGCUGAAAUACACGGAAUACAACGAACCGCACGAGUCUCUUACGAACCGCAACAUCAUCGAGGCACUCACAAAGAAAGAGCACAAGAACGGAGUGAUGUCGCCUGACAGCCCGGAAGCCGAACCCGAAUACAACCUGACCCCCCGCACCGAAGCCAAGUACUCGAAGAUCGACGAGGAAUUCCAAAUGAUGAUGCAAAGGAACCAGUUGAACGGGAGCCGCGUCGGCGUUGGCGUGACGGGAAGCAACUAUAACCUACCGGUCAGCGUGCCUGUCGGGAACUACGAUCAAUCCUUACUCCAAGCUAGUCCACAAAUGCAUACCUCUAUCAGUCCACGGCCAUCGUCUUCGGAAACCGAUUCAGUAUACCCAAGCGGCGGAAUGCUCGAAAUGUCAAACGGAUACCCAGGCUCCGCAUCACCACUGGGGGCGGGAUGUACCCCGUCGCCGUCCCCCGGCCCCGCUCCCUCUCCCCACCGACACCCGCACAAGCCCCAUGCCCACGCUCCGCCACCGCACCACUCGCCCCGACACAACAACCUGCGCGUCGUUAUACCUAGUUCAAUGCCACCACCGCAAGAUGACAUAUCAUAUGCAGAGACACCACUAAGCUAUUCACUCACCAACUUCGGACCACAGGACUUCAGUAUGACCUCGGACAUGGGAAUCGGACUGACGUGGGGCGCUCACCAACUGCAGACGUUACAACACAACAGGUACAUUGGCAGCCUGCCGGUAUUGGGUGGUGGGGGAACUCCUCCACCGGCCGCGUCACCAAGCAAUGUGAAGAUCAAAGCGGAACCAGUAUCGCCGCCACGCGCACCGGAUCACUUGCAUCGCGGCCCUCCUCCUGCCAGCGUACCACAGCCCGCACAUCAAAUGCCAGGAGUCAUUGAUGGCUCAGUUUCGUCUAGUAACAUGGGCUCGCCGGCAGGCCAAGACAUGAGGCACUCCAACGCCGUUGCGCUUGACUACGAGCAGCCCCAUACCAAACGGCCGCGGAUCGAGGGUUGGGCCACAUAGCUAGGCUAUGAGGCCUUCGGUCCCUACCCGAGGCCCCUCCACCCACACUGCUAAGCGAGACCGCACGAGACCGCACGAGUCCGCACGCGGCCGCACGAGGCCAACGGCGCCGCACACCGGCCCGCGAACAUAACUCUUACACUAAACGGUGCUGGAUCGAACACAGCGUACUCAUACAGAAAGGUGCAUCUAAACUGAAGGUGCUUUUGAUGGCACGGUGAGAAAUCAAACAUGGACCUCUUACGAGACUUUUCAUUGGCUCAUCCAAAAAUGGGCGUGACCCAUCAUAGAUCUUUGAGAUCGAAUGUUAAAUGUUCAAUUUUACACUAUUUAAUAAUACGUAAUUAAUGUUAAAUUGCACGCGCGAUUACACUCGUAUAAAUAAAUGUUAAAAAUUAUAAGUACAAUAAUGCUAGUUGCAACCCUUCAGAACAAUUUUGAACUGUUUAAUAUAUUAUGUAUUAGAUAUUUCUCCUGUAAUUCCCUUGUACAUAGUUGUCAUUAAAUGUGCAAUCCGUGCCAUUGUUUGUUUAGCUUAAAGUUAGUCAAUUUAAUUAUAGUAACUGUUUAUACAAUAAAUUGCACUAGAAUACGGUUCGGAGUUAGUAACGCAUCAGCCGGCGGAGUUGUGUGUUGUGUCACGUGACGGACUGUAACAUUCUAUCAGUGCGUUGAAGACUUAUACAAGGAACUGUUGACUUUGUGUUAGUGUUUUAAAAAAAAAAAAGUUUUUUGUGCCAUUUUAAAGAUAUAAAUAUAGUGUGACAUCCGAACUUGAAUCUUUUGUAAAUGUAGCGUAGUAUCAUCACAGAUAAUGUAUUGUAUAAUAAAUCUACUAUAAUAAUAUCUAUUGACAUAUUUAUACACAUGAGAAUCAUAAUGAUAUUUACAUAAUAUGUAUACACGUCCUAUUAGGAACGAAUGUUAUGUAAGUGUAAGUAAUUUUAGCUAGAGAUGAGAAUGUAAUGGUACCACACGAAGCUUUAAGAUUUCUUAUGAUAACACUUGCACUUUAAGCAGAUUUUUAAGUAAACAGUUAUGAUGUAUGAAUUUAGAGGCCCUUGACAAAGUAUAUUCAUCACUUCGUGGAUGCUGUCACCAGCUGUCUAGUACUGUGGGAAAGUAACGGAUCUAAUUCAUACUUGUGAAGUCGUAAAUCAGUAGUUGCACAACCCUAAAAUUUCGAGCUUAUUAUUGGCCGAAGUUAUAGUUGAUCUCCGAAGUCUUUAUCGUAUCUGCCCAAUUGCAAAGUCAAUUUAUGAUACCUAUCGUAAAACUCGUAACGUACUUCUUAAGUAAAUUAAGGUUUAGUGUCCACGAUGUAUAGGAACAAAUUUAUUGUUUAGAAAAUUUUAUUUUGUUAAUGUGAUCUGAAGAUUUGUAUAUUUUCAGUUUCUACUUAAUCUGUAGUUGUAAAUCACAGCUUUAAACGCACAUACAAAUUAAAAUUAUAUAACAAUGAAUAUAGAAUAUUUUGAUACGGCACUAUAUGAAACACGUCCUGCUAUAUAUUUUUGGAAGAUGUUAUCAAAAAUAACAGCUUAGCUGAAGAAAAUUUACACAAACCCAAUACUUAUAAAUGUCAUUCUUCUAGAUUCAUCUUCAUCGUUCUAGAUUCAUCUUUGUCGUUUUGUACUUAGAACUAAUGUUGCGAACUUGUUCUCCUGCCUUGGAUGAGAAUAGUCCAAAUGAGGGAUUUAUCAAACUCAUUUAUCUUAACUACUGUCAAUAAAUUUCAAUAAAAUAUAAUUUAAAUACUUUCAAUAAUACCAAAUUAUUAUAGACCCUAAAACGAUAGAGCGAAAUUCUAAGAAUUAAUUAUAUUCUCUAAAAAAACACUUUUUUUUUUUAAAUCCAAAAACGUACAGGAAACUUGAGUAUCCGUUUCAAAAUGGACUUCUAACUUCAUAACUAUGCUACACUACGUAGAUCAAAUAAUAAAAAGUCUGUCGAAAUAUAUGCCAUAUGUUUGUUUAUUGGAUGCACUGUUUUACUCUGUGUCACAUAAAUGCAUAAUAUCCCUGUUGCAACAUUUUCGCCAAACGAAUGACGUUUUCCAUCUUGACAAGCAACACAAGUUGGCCUUGUGGUUCCAUGGAGCGGAAACAUAAGAACUAAAGCAUAGCCAUGUAACCAUAAUAUUAUUAUGCUGAUUCGAUAUAAAACAUUAUAACUAACUAUAUGAAUCUUUGUUCCGGAGCCGUAUUGUCCAAAUUUAAGUCGAUCCUAAAACGAUUCUGGAUUUAUAAAAAUUUUAUUCCGUUCACAAUCCCUUUAUCUUGAAUUUCCCAGAAGUCGCUAAGAGUUGAAAUCUUGGAUUCUGAUACAUAAGUUUUAUUUUUAUUUACCAAAAUCCUGUUAUAAUUCUAGAAUUGUACAGGUAAAUGAAAAUGGGAUUUAAUUUGUUGCAUUCUAAACAGAAAUAAAGCCCAUUCACACUAUUCAAUGUAAAAGUCAAAAACUAUUCGCUGAAAAAACACGAUCAUAGAUUUAUAAAAAUUUAAUUCCGAUCACAAUCACAAUCCCUUUAUCUUGAAUUUCCCAGAAGUCGAUAAGAGUUGAAACCGUGGAUUCUGUUACAUAAGUUUUAUUUUUGUUUUUCAAAAUCAGUUAUUUUCCAAAAUCCCUUAUAAUUCUUGAAUUAUACAGGUAUAAAUAAAAAUGGAAUUUAAUUUGCUGCGUUCUAAACAGAAAUAAACCGCAUUCACACUAUAGGUAUUCAAUGUGAAAGUCAUAAACUAUUCGGUGAAAAAAUAACGCAUUGGCUGCAAUUGAACUAACUAUCCGAUAAGAAUUAUAAAAUAAUUUUUACCGCAUUAUUAAGUUUAACGUGUUGUCAGCUUCAGUUAAAGUUAGACAAUACGACCGCUUUAGUCAUUGAAUAUCAUAACGUAACUAUUCUGUCCCCUCAUAUCAUCUCACUGUAGAUGCCUUACUCACAGUGCCUAAAUAUACCAUAUUAUACCAAAUUUGUACGAUAACAUUUUGAUUUAAUAUUUUUUCACAUCCUGAUAAAUAUAAGUAUUUUGAAGAUGUUAAACUUACGACCGUACAACGUAGAUUGUAGGUAAAUAUUUAUCAUAUUCACAUGUAAGUAGCCAUUUUAUAUGUCUCGGAAAAGAAAAGCUGCGGUCGUAUGUAAUUAUACCACAUUUCGGAGCAGUGAAACUGUCUUGUGUGGUUGAUUGUAAAAAAUAAUUGUUAAGUAAAUCAAUAUAUAUUAUAGACGUAAUGUUAGGUACUUCAAAUCACACUAACAAAAUUGUGGAUCAUAAAUUGUGUGUUGGUUAAAUUUGUACAGGGAAAUUAACCAGUUUCAAUGUUCAAAAGUCUGAACGCGUUAGAUGAUGAAAUAUCAAAUGUAUUUUCGCAUUGUAUAAGUACACGAUUAGUUUGUAAAAUGAAUUAAUAUUUUACUACCCGAGCAUAAUAAUAACGUUAACCUGUUUUUAGGGAACUGUAAAACUUAAAAUACAAUUUAAUGUUUAGGAUUAUUAUUGUUGAUGUGAUAUGUAUAACUUCACUGUUGUAAACGUUAGGCCCGUCGCUUACGUCAUAAAAUAUAUUAACAUAAGCAUUAUUUAACAGCAGACUCGUUUUAUGAACGUUGAUGUUGUAUAUUUCUUAAUGUUAUGUAGAUGAAUGUGUUAUAUAGUGUAUACUGUACACAGUAUAGUGUAAGCAAACGGUCAAUGAUGUUUUUGAAGACGUAAUUACGCGUAGCUUCGUCCACGUUCAGAAUAGGGAUGUAUUCUAUGAUUCUGUGGACAUAGGGCAGAUAGUAAUGAAAAAAUUGCAAAUGCUCAGCAUGCGUAAUUUAGAUUUGAAUAAAAUCACGUAUUUCGAAGUUUAAAAACGAUUUACUGAAUUAAAAGAGCAUUGUCAAAAUUAAUUUAUUGAUUUUGUAUUAUCAUUAUUUGCUUAAUGAUCACAAAUUUGAUCGUAUAUAUUUUAGACGCAACAUCAAAUACCUACCAUUUAAAAGAAACCUUUUAUGAAAGCAACAUCGAAAUUAGUUUUAGCAUGACAUAGCAAUUAAUAUCUUAAAGAUGGGUAUAAAGAUGAAUGUGUGGGAAAUUCUCACUGUCUCUUUGCUCGGACUGUUUUUCUCUAUCUUUUCUAUUUUUGAAAUUUUCUCUAUACCACCGGGCUAAAAAGGUUUCUUUCUAACUUAGAUAUUAUAAACAGUUAAAAAAUCUUUAUUAUAAGCUAUGGAAAAGAAAAAGAUAAUUCGUAUUGACAUCCCAAUUGUCAUUAUUACUGUUUCUGACAUUGUUAAUUGGAUAACACGAGGACCUGUUUUCAGAUGUUUUAAAUUCGCGUUAGUCGUUUGGUGGUUUGUUCCUAAUAACACUUCAUUGUGGUUAUGUUAUGUGCUUGUAAUGAAUUUGCUCAAUCGUGUUUGGUUGGCGAUGAAGCGAUCACCUUGUUUCUUGUUGUCUAAAUUAUAUCAGUUGUAGGUAUAUAAUAUAAUUAUGAAGAGAAAUGAAAAAGGAAAUAUUACUUUCAAUGAUGUAGAGAUAAAUUGAAUUCUUAAGAUAUAAAAGUUUUAUUGAAAGUCCUUAAUCUAAUUAAAUCUAAUUGGUGUGAAUAGGAACAAUAAAAUAAUUUGAUAAAACCAUUUGCAUGAGUUGCAUAACGUAUUUUCAAAUUGUUUAUGUUUGUUCAGUAUUUACCAGAAUUAAGUCAGAUUGCACUAUUGAUUAUAAUAAUUAAGAUUGAUUAUUUUGCACAAAUUAGUAAUUGGAUUAUUCAUGUACUCUAAAAUAAAUUCAAAACUAUACAUUUGCAAAAAAAUAUAUAUACGAAAAUGCAAUAUUAAAUUUUGCACAGCGGAAUAAUAUUAUGUAAUGUUGUAAUGAAAAUAAAUAUUUUGUAUAAAAUAAACAGUUAAGCUGGUAUUGGGAGCAUUAUUUCCGAGGUUGUGAACUUUGCUAUCGGGAAUGAUUUCAUUUGUAAUUAAUUAAAUUUCUAUUAUAUUAUAUUAAUUAAUCGUUUAUUGACGCACAACGGUGUUGUGUGUUUGUGUAAAAAGAGUUUGCUUUGUUUGUUUUUAGGUAUAUACAUAAUAUUAAAUAAUUCGACCUGUACGUAUCCAGCUGUGUGACAAUAGCAAAGCUGUAAUUUUGUAAUCUAGUUCGUUGCAUUUAAUGAAAAUGUAGUCGUAAGUAUGAGAGUAUCAUUGUAACAAUAACUUAAAUCACAUUAGAAUUUUUACGUUGUUUUGUAUGUACCCCUCUCCGCGUUUGCUAUUGCACCAGUCGAUUACACCCUAAUAGUAUAGGAAUAUGAUACAUAUCCUUUUGAAUACUCAAAUUAAAAUCA